CCCCGCCCUGCGCCGCCCAGCUCGCCGCCGCAUCCUACUCCUCUUCCUCUCCUCUCUUAAGGAGGCGAAGCUGGUGCUUCCUUCUGUGGGCGCCACACACGGCUCUGCCAGCCCGAGCCGAGGACCUGCGAAUGAAUCCCGGAGACCAGAGGACCAUCGGCGGGGGCUCUUUCCAAUAACACUUUGCCUGAAGUGGCGGCGUGGCUGAGUUUCUCCUUCACCUCUCAAUGCAAACACUAUGCGGAGGGCGGUUGGCUUUCCUGCGCUGUGCCUGCUUCUUCACGCUGCAGGGUGCCUUUCAAGAAAUAAUGAUCACUUUUUGGCAAUUCAUCAGAAGAAGAGUGGGAAGCCAGCUUUCAUUUAUCACCAUUCACAAGACAUUGAGAAGAGCCUGGAUAUAGCUCCACAAAACAUACAGAAACAUAGCUACCAUUCCUCUUCUAAAGGUCAAAUAAGCAAACGCCACCAAAUUGUUAAUUCAGCAUUUCCUAGACCUGCAUAUGACCCAUCUCUCAAUCUACUGGCCAUGGCUGGUCAAGACCUUGAAGUGGAAAACCUGCCAAUCCCAGCAGCAAAUGUGAUUGUGGUGACACUGCAAGUGGAUGUAAAUAGGCUGAACAUAACCUUGCUUCGGAUAUUCCGCCAAGGAGUGGCCGCAGCUUUAGGACUCUUGCCCCAGCAAGUGCACAUCAAUCGCCUCAUUGGAAAGAAGAACAGUGUUGAACUAUUUGUGUCUCCCAUAAACGGGAAAGCAGGAAUUUCUGAUGCUCUGCCGUCUGAGGAAGUGCUGCGUUCACUUAAUAUCAAUGUUUUGCAUCAAAGUUUAUCCCAGUUUGGAAUUACAGAAGUCUCCCCUGAGAAAAAUGUUUUACAAGGGCAGCAUGAAGCGGACAAAAUCUGGAGCAAAGAAGGAUUUUAUGCUGUUGUCAUUUUUCUCAGCAUAUUUGUUAUUAUAGUAACGUGUUUGAUGAUUCUUUACAGAUUAAAAGAAAAAUUUCAGCUUUCCCUGAGACAAGAUAAAGAGAAAAAUCAGGAGAUCCACCUAUCACCCAUUGCAUUACAGCCAGCACAGUCUGAGGCCAAGACAGCCAACAGUAUGGUCCAACCUGAGCAGGUUCCAAAGGUACUGAAUGUGGUCGUGGACCCUCAAGGCCAAUACACUCCUGAGAUCAAAGCCACCACCUCUGUCUGCCCUUCUCCUUUCAAAAUGAAGCCCAUAGGACUUCAGGAGAGACCCAACUCAAUUCAUCCUCAUUCAUACAUCUGCUCCGACCACUCUGGACGGAAGAGACCUCACUUUCUACUAAACCAUUGUAGCACUGAGUAUCCCUCAGUUCACAGACGAGGGUCCAACGUAUCUCUUACCCUGGACAUGAGUAGCUUGGGGAAUGUUGAACCCUUUGUGGCCACACCAACCCCACGGGAGAAGGUAGCAAUGGAGUAUCUGCAGUCAGCCAGCCGUAUUCUCACAAGGUCACAGCUCAGGGACGUCGUGGCAAGUUCACAUUUACUCCAAAGUGAAUUCAUGGAAAUACCAAUGAACUUUGUGGAUCCCAAAGAAAUUGACAUUCCAUGUCAUGGAACUAAAAAUCGCUAUAAGACCAUUUUGCCAAAUCCCCUCAGCAGAGUAUGUUUAAGACCAAAAAAUGUAACUAAUUCUUUGAGCACCUACAUUAAUGCUAAUUAUAUUAGGGGCUACAGUGGCAAAGAGAAAGCGUUCAUCGCCACUCAGGGCCCCAUGAUCAACACCGUGAAUGAUUUCUGGCAGAUGGUUUGGCAGGAAGACAGUCCUGUGAUUGUUAUGAUCACAAAACUCAAGGAAAAAAAUGAGAAAUGUGUGCUUUACUGGCCAGAAAAGAGAGGAAUAUAUGGGAAAGUCGAGGUUCUGGUUAUCAAUGUAAAUGAAUGUGAUAACUACACCGUUCGAAACCUUGUCUUAAAGCAAGGAAGUCACACGCAACACGUGAAGCAUUACUGGUACACCUCAUGGCCCGAUCACAAGACUCCAGCCAGUGCCCAGCCCCUUCUACAGCUCAUGCUGGAUGUGGAAGAAGACAGACUUGCCUCCGUGGGCCGAGGGCCUGUGAUUGUCCACUGCAGUGCAGGGAUAGGCAGGACGGGGUGUUUUAUUGCUACAUCCAUCGGCUGUCGACAGUUGAGAGAAGAAGGAGUUGUGGACGUGCUGAGCAUCGUCUGCCAGCUGCGUGUGGACAGGGGUGGAAUGGUCCAAACCAGUGAGCAGUAUGAAUUUGUGCAUCACGCUCUGUGCCUGUACGAGAGCAGACUUGCGGCAGAAACUGUCCAGUGAUUCUCUGAAGACUUACCAGACCAUCGCUCUCUAGGGGUGAUUAGUCAAUUACCCACUUGAGGCUGCUGGAGGGAGCUUCCUGCAGUGGAAGCAAAGAGAAGAUGUGAAGCCAAGCUGGGGCAUGGAUUGUGGAAGAUGGCAACAUAUUCAAGAUUGCCAGCCUCUUGUGUAUAUGAAUGCAUUUGUAAGCAUCCCCGAAAUUAUUUUGAAGGUCCUUUGCUGAUGGAGGUAUGAUUGAUUUCUCACACAGCUAAGGAGGAUUUUGUUUUGUCUGUAUUGACUAUCUGCCACACAGAAUAUAUGUAUGAAAUUUAUGUCAUCAGAUGACGACUUGAAGAGCUGCUGAAGAAAUUAUUAUUGUGUGUUUAGAUGCUUUUAUGUUUGCAAAAACUCUGUCUUGUGAAUGGACUGUCAGCUGUUAAACUGUUCCUGUUUUAAGUGCUAAUUCCUUUCUCAGUUACCAGAAUCUUGCCGCUAAAGUUGUGAUUGAAAAUGGAUUUUUAACAAAUAAGUCCUUGUUUUUGAAAAAAAAAAUCAGAAGCAGUAACUAUUUUAUAUGGAAAUGUGUCUUGAAAAUAUUAUCUAUUAAAUGUGUAUUCAUCAGUACCUCGUACCAAUCAAUUACAGAGCACAAUGAUUGUCAUUGGGUGUAUAUGUAUUUACUCUCUACUAUUGGGCAUAGAGGUGGUUUCUGCUCCAGAAUUCUACCCACUGUAUUUCUACAUUGUGAGUCAUUUUACUUUCAAAGGGAAAAACAAAUUUGUAGCAACUAUGAUGUGUUAAGAAUUUUAAAUACUUGUCUCUCUUUUACUAAGAAAGAAUUUUUGAAUAUGCUGUCUACCUGAAAUCUCUCUCCCAGCAAAAGGCAGAUGCCUUUGGGAAUGAUGUAACCUGUCUCAUUUCCAGAGGUUCUUUAAAAGGAUGCUGCCAUGGAUAUCCUUAAAUCUCUGAAAGGAUUUAAUCCUCAAGAGACAAAUAAAGCUUAAAAAAAAAAAAAAACUACACUCAGCAAACACUAGAUGUUCUGCUCAAACAUGAAUUUUUAAUGCAGCUAAUGCAUUUAAUGUUGACUUUGUUUCCUACUGCCAA